UCGAACUGUUUCAUCUGGCAACGUGAUUCACACUGAGGCGCUCGUUCUGUUUAAAUUUUCGUAAAUAACAGGAUUUCUCGGUGUAAUACGAUUGGCUUUUCAGUUUUUCUUUUCUGGAAGCUUUAUUCUUGAAAACAAAAUGCGGUUCUUCAUUGUAGAUCAUCGCCAUUUUCUUCCCAGAGAUUGCCGCCUUAUCACCGUUUGUCAGGUUCUAAGGGAAAUUGCCAUCUUUGGCCGAGCAACUUCAUGGGUGAAUUUUGGUAUGGCCACUGUUGGAGAAAAUAUGUGCACAAAUGUUUUGUCCCUGCAAGACAUGAAGCACAUAUCUCUUUUUGCAUUCAACAAAGCUUUUGAUGAUCUUUCCAAAAUCAUUUGUAACAAUAAUGCUAUUUUUGGAGCAAAUUUGGCAGAAAAUAAGCAAAAGUUAUUGAGCAACAUUACUUUUGCACUGCAAAGUGCAAUGAAGCAGUUUAAAGAAGUGAAAGGAAUAAAACAAAACAAAAUAUUAGUGACCAUAAUAACUGAAAAAUGGGGAGGAAAUGUGGAACGAGAAGUUGCGGAAUUUUUCUGUUUGAACGAAGAUGCGACCAGGAAUCAGAUUCAGAUCAUAGAGAUUACCAGCGAUAACUCAUUGAAGAAUCUUAUGCUUUCGGAUAAAAUUCGGAUAUUUUCGCUACCAACUAAAGGUCUUGAUAUAAGUGUUCAAGCAGUUUUUAAAGCUGAAACGCGAUCUUCUGAGCUGACGCUAAGUUUUCCUGAUAACGGUCUCAGUAUAAUAGCAAAAGUUGAAGAUUUUUUCAUUGAUUUUGGUUUUUUUCGACGAGAAAUUCCUCAAAACUUGACCGUUACUUCAUAUGCCUACUCGAUGGAUUUGUGUCAAAUCCGCGUGCAAGGUCAAUGUCUUCUGCUGUCUUGUAAUGAUGUAGACACUCCAAACUAUUACCGAUGGGAAGCUCUCAGCAAAUUGAUGCACAACAACGGGACCGUGUUGAUCGCAAAAGAACACAACACAUUUUCUAACUACGUUCUUACUCCGUGCAGCAACCUCCGGAUUCUAAUGCAACCGAUGGCUUAUAGCAAGUUGAUGUUGCCAAUAACCAAUUUUAAAACGUCAGACCUAAUCUCUAAUGAUUUUCAAGCUGUUGCAAAAAAUUACGAGUUGGUUGAUAGAUAUGGCUUUGGCCCUAAAUCCAAUUUAAUCGACUAUCUUAUAGACGAAUGGAACAGGGAACUACCCUACCACCCUGCUGAUUCAACAAACCCUAAACAAAGGAAACAGAAUGUGCCCACCAAAAAACAGAAAACCUCAAAUCCAACAAAACUUCAGAAGUUGGCUUCACUUGCUCAUCCAGCUCUUGGAAUGUACUCAAAUAAAUAAAUUUCAGGCCAAGAA